AUGAACAAUGGUCAAAACAAGCUAGACUCCAAAGCCCAGAAUCUAGAAAGAUCAAUCUACACGGUCGUUGUGUUUUUAGUGAACGUUCCUAAGACCCGCUGGACGUUCUGCAAGAAAUGUGGCAAGCACCAACCCCACAAAGUGACCCAGUACAAGAAGGGCAAGGAUUCUUUGUAUGCCCAGGGAAAGCGGCGCUGUGACAGGAAACAGAGCGGCUAUGGUGGGCAGACUAAGCCUAUUUUCCGCAAAAAGGCUAAAACGACAAAGAAGACUGUGCUGAUACUUGAGUGUGUUGAGCCCAACUGCAGAUCUAAGAGGAUGCUGGCUAGUAAGAGAUGCAAGCACUUUGAACUGGGAAGCGAUAGGAAGAGAAAGGGCCAGGUGAUCCAGUUCUAA